UAGGGCAACAACACAAGCAAUGUACGCAGCGAGACGCCAGCAGCACAAAAUCGCAAUAAAACAAAAGUAUUAAAUCACGCCUAAAGUUAGGUCGACCAUGCCCAGUGCCGCGAGUCCCAGUUCGAGUGCAAAGAUCCUGCCAUGAGGCCCGCGAUUUCUGGACCCGCUGUCCAGGCACUGCGCACUUUCCGCAGUCAGUGCAAAUGUUAAUUGUGCAGUAUAGCAGUGGCAGAAAAAAGCAGAAAAACGACAAGCUAUAGCCCCAAAUCGCGAGAGGAUGAGAACGCCAGUACGUGGAUAUAUGGAUAUAGUACCAGAGAAAGUGCGUAGAGCCACAACAACACAAAUCGGUAGUGAACAAAGGCGUAGAGACACGUACAGUGUAUAGGCGUUAUCCUGGUUUCUCGGCCGGAUUCUCUGUCCCGCUCCCUCUCCCACUCGCUCCCUGCCACUCGGCCUUGGGCGCGAGUUGGUGUGCGUGCGCUGCGCGUGUGUGUGUUGUGUGAGUGAGUGAUACGCGUAUCCUGAGCAAAAUGCCGCCAUCCCUGAUUGCCGUGUCCGAGUUUGUAGAGGAGACGCGCUCCGACUACAGCUCGCCCACCACCUCCACCUUUGCCUCCCGGAUGCCCGACUGCCGCCACACGAUUGGCGUCCUGGAAGAGCGAUUGGAGUUUGAUCGGGAGGGUCUAACUAAACUUAAAAAGGCGGUCAAGGCCAUACACAACUCGGGAAACACCCAUGUGGACAAUGAAAUGUUUAUGGUGCGGGCCUUGGAGAGGCUGGGUGGCAAAGUUAUCGAGCAGGAUGAACCGGACAUUGGUGCCGCGUUCCUCAAGUUCAGCGUGGUCACCAAGGAGCUUAGCGCGCUGAUGAAGACCCUGAUGCAAAACAUCAACAACAUUGUCAUGUUUCCGGUGGACUCGAUGCUAAAGAGCGAACUGCGGGGCGUCAAAGGCGACAUGAAGCGGCCCUUCGACAAGGCGGCCAAGGACUACGAGGCCAAGUUCAUCAAGAUCGAGAAGGAGAAGAAAGCCCAGGCCAAGGAGGCAGGUAUGGUGCGCACAGAGAUCGAUGCCGCCGUGGUGGCGGAAGAAAUGGAGAAGGAGCGCCGGCUGUAUCAACUGCAGACUUGCGAGUAUCUGCUUAAGUACAAGGACAUCAAGACCAAGACGGGAAUCGAGCUGUUGCAGCACCUUAUUGAGUAUUAUCACGCGCUGAGCAACUACUUUAAAGAUGGCCUACAGACGAUCGAACACUUUGGCACUUACAUCGGCGAUCUCAGCGAGAAACUACACGAAAUCAAGCAGAAGCAGGACGAGGAUCGUCGCAGUUUACUCGACCUGCGAACAGUUUUGCGGAGCACUCCGGACUUCGAGAGAGUGGACAACGUGCCAUCGUCCGAAAGUCGAAGCGGGGGAGCUGGUUACUCCCUCCAUCAGUUGCAGGGCGACAAGCACCACGGUGUCACCCGACAAGGCCACCUGCUCAAGAAGAGCGAGGGCAAGGUGCGUCGCGUGUGGCAGAAGCGACGCUGCCGUGUCACCAGCGACGGAUUUCUCGAUAUCUUUCAUGCCGACGAGUCAAAGCCACCAACGCGCGUCAAUCUGCUCACCUGCCAGAUUAAACCGGUGCCGGAUGACAAGCGCGGCUUUGAUCUGAUUAGCUACAAUCGACCGUAUCACUUUCAGGCCGAAGACGAAGGCGACCAGAAGGCCUGGAUGGCCGUGCUCGUUAAUUGUAAGGAAAAAGCAUUGACCAAGGCCUUCCAGCACGCCAAUCCGCAAAUGAGUCCCAGUCUGGUGGAGCUGCAGAAGACUGUGAUCCGCUACGUGCAGCUACUGCCUGGAAACGAUCGCUGCUGCGACUGUGGGUCGCGGAACGAUGUGACCUGGAUCAGCCUGAACUUUGGCAUUCUGGUCUGCAUCCAGUGCUCUGGUGUGCAUCGCGAUCUGGGCGUGCACCACUCGCGCAUUCAGAGCCUCACGCUGGAUAACCUAACCACGGCUAACCUGUUGAUUGCCCGUGCCAUGGGCAAUAGCACGCUGAACGACAUUAUGGAGGCGAAACUGGGCAGGGGAAAACUCCAGCACGAGAGCAGCAUGGAGGAACGCUACGACUUUAUUCGUGCCAAGUACGUGGCCAAGCGCUAUGUGAUGCGCACCUGCGCGGAUGACAACGACUUGCGCUGCGACUUGGAGCAGGCGGUGGUCAAUGCGGACAUGAGUCAGUUGCUGCAAGUGUGGGCGGAGGGAGCAGAUCUAACAUGCUGUCUGCCAAGCUCGGAUGCUGGCGAAACGGCACUCCAUCUAGCCGUGCUGCGCGAGAUGGGAUCUACGCUGCACAUAGUCGACUUUCUCAUCCAAAAUAUGCCGCCCAAGGGUCUAAACAAAGCCACCAAUCCCGCUGGUUUGCUGGACGUGACUGGAAAGAACACGGCCUUGCAUCUGUGCGCCCUUCACGAUCGCAGGGAGUGCAUGAAGCUACUGCUGCGUUCAGGAGCGGAUUACGAGCUGAAAAACUCGCAGAAUAAGACCGCGCUGGAUAUUGCCAAAGAGAUGGGACACAAUAGCUGCAGGGAGCUGAUUGAAUGUGCCAUUAAGCGGGAAAAAAGCGCCUUCGACCACAUCAACACUGACUGGAAUCUGCCAAACGAGGAUGGUUCCACGGAUUUCAGCGACGAUGAGACGGUCAUCGAUGAGCGCAAAUCCCGUUCGCGUCCCCCCAGUUUCGCUGGAGGGGACUCGCCCGUUCUACGCUCACGUUCCUCCACUUGCGACUCCAUACAGUCCAGUUCUAGUCCAAUCGCCAACUGUCCGAGCCGCCAGUUCACCCUGCCGUCCGGUCUGCCGAGUUACACACAUUCAGCGGGCACUUCGCCCAAGCAGCACAUCAGCGUGGGCCAGUAUCUGGGCAGUGCCACCAAUGUCGGAGGCUGUGGGGCCGGAAACGGUGGAUCAAGUCCCAGUUCAGCUUCCAGUCAGAGUGUCCGUGCGGCGAGAAACAGCCUAAACAUGCAGAGCGAUCUGGGCGGGCAUGUGACGGGUGCCCGGAAGUCCACGUCCACGGCCAAUAUGAACUCGCUGAAGAAGCGUACGGCUCCAGCACCGCCGCCCGGAACUCUGGGCAGUGCUUCGUCCAGCUCCUUCUACGGGACACUUCCUCAUCCCCCGCGGCACUCGCAAAACUUCGAUGCCAAUGACAUUCGCGCCAUUAAUCACAAGAACCAGUCGCUAGACGUGGCGUAUGGCACUCUACCGCACCUUCGGAGCGUGGAAAACAGUCCUCGGAGCGGCGGAGGAUAUGGCUAUGGGGUAUCCCAGGAUCCUGGAGGAUCGGGCAACGGGAGCAACAACAGUCUUAUGCCUGCCAUGACCACCUUUGGUCAUAAGCGCUCGCCCAGCGGUGAGUCGCUAAACAGGAAUAUUCACUUGGCGGGAGCAAAACUGGUACUACCGCCAACCGGUGAGUUGCCCACUCUGAAGCAUGUAGACAAAUCGGCGUUGACCAGGCCAAAGAUUCCUCCACCAGGGCCGCCAUCAGAGCGCGAAAUUUCAAACGGCCAGUCGAACGAGAGCAUUAGUUCAAUGGACGAGGGUCCCGUGGCGCCGCCUCGCAAGCGCAAGCAACACAUCAUCGCACUGAGAAGCCAGUCCAGCGAGGAGACGUUGAUUAAUCAGUCGGCCAAUUUUACCGAAUAUGAGUCCUGGCACACGGACAUGGAUAGCUCUGGUGGCGGCUUGGACCAUUCCGCUGAGUCAAAUGUGUCCUCGAGUGACAACGACCGACUCAAUUCAUCGCCAGACAAUCCACCGAAGAGCGGCGGACCAGGACCAGGCGGAAAGUUCCACUAUAACGGCCAGCGGCGGUGUCGUGCUCUCUACGACUGCGUGGCGGACAACGAUGAUGAGCUUGAGUUCAAGGAGGGCGAGAUCCUGAUCGUCCUGAAUGAGCGCACCGACGACGAAAACUGGAUGGAAGGGAUCAUCGAGGGGCAGCCGGCGAGGAAAGGCAUGUUUCCCGUCAGCUUCGUCCACAUGCUGCCGGAUUAAUAAAUCUUUAAUUUUUGCUGAGUGUGUGGUCGCGCGUGAUUGUAUAUAGAUAUAUAUAUAUAUAGAUUUGUGUGUUUGCGUCUUUUUAAACUCUAAUGAUACGUAAGACAAGUUUUUAUUUAUUACGAGGGUUUUAUCACAAAGCGUGUGACUAUUUUUUUGCCUAAGACUAUGUAAACGUCUCAAGUGAGCUACCUUUAGCUUAGAAGCCAAUUACUCAUUUACACUUGUAUUUCAAUCAGAGCCUUUAAGUAGAGAUCUUGCUAUGCAUUUCCCGAGGGCUUCAGCCCCAAGAAUUAGCGCUUUGAUAACUGAAUAUGUCCUGCAAACGCUGUAAUUCGCACCGUAACUAAAUCUAACUUAAUCUUAGCCUAACACGCUGUGCGCAAAAGUUACUCAAUGUCAGAGUUGUCCGAAGAUGAAAUUAUGUAUUGUAUGCUUACCGCUGCCAUAAUCAGAUACUAACGAUAUCCACUGGAGGACCCACCUGGUCGGAAUCUUAGCUUACACUCGUAAUCAAGUAUUCUAAAUCUGUUGUUGAUGGUUUGACUAAGAGUUUAUAAAACAACGUUGAAAGAAAUAUCCAUUUACCUAAACCAAUACCCAAACUAACCCAAUCGCGAACGUCAUUCUAAAUCACCAAUGCUAUCAUUAUGAAAGGCAAGAAUAAUUCUGCGGAAAGGAAAAUUUAAACCCUUUGUACCUAGGACGUUACAAAAUAAGUACCCAAUAUAAAAAAGUAAUUAAUUAUUGCAAAUUACAAGGUAUCUACUAGCGAGACUUGUUUGACACAUAUGAUCAUUUCGAAAACCUAAACUGUAUAUAAUCAUUUUUUUAAGACACUACACACCGUGUUUCUUUUCACACAUUUUGUAUACACGUUUCAGUAUUUAUUUAGCAAAACCUUAAAACAUAUUGAUAUUAUACUUAAGUCAAAUAAAAGGAAGAACAUAACGCUUAUUACAUAUACACAUAUAUAAGGUUGUGUUUUUACCAAAAAUAA